AUGUCAACCUUAUUCAGAGCGCCAACUGAUGUUCUAAGUGAUCCACCUCAUAAAUGGGAAUCCAUGGAUGCUUCAUCAAAAUGGUGUGUUAAGAAGAAAGAAGAUUCACCAACUUUUGCUAGUAUCCGCCAUCGGAUUCAAUCACUAGUUCAAUUAACAAAAAGACUAGGCGUUUACACUGUAGGCCAUAUGUCUGGCGCCGGAUUUGAAUAUACAGGUAAUGGAGAUACAGCUCGUUGUAAGGACUGUGGACUUGAGGUAUCUAACUGGAGAUCAGAUAUGAAUCCAUUUACUAUUCAUUCAAAACAGAGACCUGAUUGUCCAUUCGUCUACAAUAUAAUACCAUCUUCGUUAUCAAAUGAACAAACGAAUCCUCCUGAACGCCAAAGUAUCGAAGCGAUGGAUUCAGAAUCUGUCUCAAACACUUUACUUGAAACAAGUUUACUUCAACAAGUGCGAAGACGUACUUUUUCUCAUUGGCCACAUCCUACUAUUCCAUCAAGUGCACAAAUGAUGGAAGCUGGAUUUUUUAAUUGCAAUGUUGGUGAUCGAGUAAUAUGCAUUUAUUGCAAUCUGAUUUGUCAACAAUGGACACCAAAUACAGAUGAUCCAUGUGAAGUACAUAAAACACUUUCACCUAAUUGUAUAUAUGCCAAAGCCAAACUGAUAUGUCCUUCAGUUUCAUCUCUAAUAAUCGUCAAUGAAGGUGCAACAGAU